AUGUCGUCGCUGAAGGAGGAACUCGCCGCUAAGCGGGCUCGCCUGGCGGAACUGAAGCGGCAGAGGGAGCUGCGCCAGGAACAGUACACGACAAAGCGCCAGAGCAUUGGGGAGGCGCCAUCACCGGGGAAGAAUACGGAGGAGCGUCGCCAGGAAAUAGACAACCUAGUCAACACCCUUAUCCAGAACCAACGAGACCGAGACUCGAUCCUACCCUCCCCAAGCAGAAAAGGAAGUCGGCCAAGUUCACUACAAGAUACAGGAACUGGGCAUCUCAGCCCACAACAGGAUGGCGAGCCGUCUCCGCGGAGGGAGGUCCGCGAAAUUGCAACUCAGACCGAGAGCACAGACACUUCGUACCCCAACUACGUGGAUGCGUCUGCCCGCGAGCCGGCACCGCCGAAGAAGGAGUACAUCACAUACACCAAAGGCGUGCAGACUGAGCCAUACCUGGAAGAAGCAAUAAAACCGCAGGACCUGUCCGAAGACGAAGACCUGUCGCUACGUCAUAGAAAACGACUCAGCCGGCGCGACCUAGAACAAGAGGAACAGAUCAGACAAGCCCUGCGGAAGGAGAUCGAGGAGGAAUUGCGGGCAACCUUGAAUCGGGAUUCCACCGCAUCCACCAUCUCCCAGAAUCAGCAGCAGCUACGGUUUCCUCUGCGGACUCUGAACAACAACGAACUCAACGCCGUAGUUGCCUCCACGGACUUCGUGUCAUUCGUCGAACGAUCGUCAAAAGUGAUUGAGCGCGCACUGGACAUCGACGAUGAGUACGAUCUGCUAGCCGACUACACGCGCACCUCUACGCUAGACGACGAUGACGACGACGACGCUACGCCAUAUUCACGGACCAGCAGAAAGUCCCACCAUCUGUGCGAGGCGUUCCAAUUGUUCUCCGACCGUUAUACCAGAAGACGAAUAGUCUCGGAUAUCCAGUUUUCACCACAUUUUAAUGAAUUGCUUCUAUCUUCAUACACCAAGAAUCCUUCUGCUCCACAUGAGCCAGCUGGCCUGGUUCUGCUUUGGAACUCGCAUGCCCCGUCACGGCCCGAGUACACCUUUACAGCAUCGUCAGACGUCCUCUCUGCGCGUUUCUCACCAUUCCACCCCAACCUCGUCAUUGGCGGCUGCUACUCCGGCCAAAUAUGCUUAUGGGACACUAGGACAUCUGGCCGGACAGGCCAACCGGUCCAGAAAACUCCACAGUCUGGUUCCCAUCUCGGCCACACUCACCCAGUCUACAGCAUCAGCGUGGUCGGAACACCCAACGCCCACAACAUCCUGACCGCAUCGAUGGACGGUGUCGUUUGCUCCUGGUCCGUUGAUAUGCUCACUCAAGCUCAGGAAUACCUUGUUCUCAACACUCCUCCGCCUGCACGGACUGACGACCUUGCUCCCACAAGCAUGUCUUUUCCCGCUGCAGAUCCUACGUUUUUCAUCGUCGGGACUGAAGAAGGAACCAUUUAUCCCUGCCAUAGGUACGAUCGAGCUGGCGCCCAGGCAGGAGUUGACACUCGCAUUGCAUACAAAGGUCACACUGCGCCUGUCAUGUCGUCGCAAUUCCAUCCCGCGCGUGGUCCGGUCGACCUGGGAGAUCUGCUUCUGAGUUCAUCCUCCGACUGGUCUGUCAAGCUCUGGCGCGUGAAGCCAGCCGCAAUCUCCAGUGCCACUGCCUCGAGCAUGGUGGCUGGGGGGGCGGCCCCGACUGUGGUCAAGCCUGUCCUGAACCUUGGCCGGGAAGAUCUCGUGUACGAUGCCAAAUGGGCGCCACACAAGCCUUCUGUCUUUGCGUGUGCGACUGGCUCGGGCGAGCUGGAAGUGUUCGACCUCAGCUAUGACCUUGAAGUGCCGAUUGCAAAGGCAUCUCCGACAAGAGGGAAGAACGGUAUAGUGCCGUUUAAAGGCUUGAAUAAGGUGGCCUGGGAAGAGAGGAGGGGCAGCCACCUUGCUGUUGGUGGCUUGGAUGGAGUGGUGACCGUAUUUGACGUCGGCAGGGGCUUGCAGUGUGGGAAUGGUGAGGCGAGCAUGGACGAGUGGGUGGGCAUGAAGAGGCUGGUAUCCAAACUGGAGGGAGGCAUGUGA